CCCCGCAUCGCCCCGCGAGAUCGCGUCCAGAUGUUCGAGUCCUACGAGGAAUACUUGGACUCCCAGGUGACGCCGCUCGACGUCUUCCUGCUGCAGGACCGGGAACUCGCACGAAAGAUGGUGGAGCUGGGCUACCGAGGGACGGGCGACAUCAUGACGCGGCGGGACUUCCUCGCGCAGCUGGAACCCAGAGAGAGGCGGAGCAGGGCGGAGGGCGUGGGGAGGAGAGAGGCGGAGGCGGGGGAGAGCGGGUCGCUGAGCGGCGAGAUCGCGAGGCGAGAGGAGGCCAACCUCGCUGGGAAGAUCAAUUUGUUGACAUGGGGUGGGACAGGGCAGGUGAGGCGCACGAUAGGUGAGGCGCAUGAUAGGCUGAACGCGGACGGGGGACUGGGCCCGGGGAAGACCGUCGUGCCGCGCUGGAGCGACCUCAGCUACCUCUGCUGGGACACGGGGGAGAUGAAGGUGAACGCGUCGGGGAACUUCGCCUUCGCCUGGAGGCCGCCGGAGGCGAGGCUCAGACUCAGGAAUCGACACGAUGGCGCCCUGCUCUCCCUCGAUCCGAGGGAGAAGGAGGGAGAGAGAGUGGAGAGACACGAGAUGCCCGCCGGCGGGGUCCCAGGUUACGAGCAGGUCGUCUUCUUCGACUACCAUGUGAGGCCCCAGGUGAAGAAGACGACCAUCACGUGA